AUGGGGUUGCCACAAAAGAUGGCAGAUGCCAUCAUUGCGCUGGGCUAUGAUUCACAGGACGUCUUCCGCUCCGCCUUUGUCGACAAGAACGCCUUUGAGACUUGGCUGUGCAAAUCUCGCGACAAGCUCGGUGACGAAGCCAGCGGGGUCGAUGCCGGCGAUUGGACUACAUGCCCAUUGGAGUCCUCUUUGGCGCUCUUACCAUUUGCGUCAUCGCAGUCAAAGGUUUCGGCCAAUGAGCGAGAUGCUUGGCGCCGGCAGAUCGAGAAAGACUAUCCAUCAGCAGUGAUCACGCCGGAGACUCUGCCAUCGCUGGGCUUCUUACAGCUGGUGCGCCAGCAGUGUGCGGGCAGCCAAUGGGAGUGGAUUGCCUGGAAGCGCGUGUUGAGUGAGGAGCAGGUGCUUGAAGUUCGAGGCCGCAAGAACUCGUCGGGUUAUGGGGAGUUCCUCGACUUAUUCGCUGUCGCUGCGGGCAUUCAGCAUGAAGAGUGGGACAUGGACCUUGGUGCUUCCGCCCUGCGCGUUCAAAAUCUUCUUGACACUCGGGCGCAUGCCUACGUCAUGUGCGGUUCUGGCCACCUUCACCCCUGGUCUGUGUACACGAAGCGUUUCAUACACUUCUACACGAAGAAGCCAGGGGAGCACUUCCGCCCCCCGUCUAUCCAAGAGGCAGAAGCUGCAGACCGUGCGGUCAUGAAUGAAGUGUUCCAGCUCGUCUUUGCAGGGAACAAGUUGGACGACGCGCUUCAUCAUGUGGUGGUCGAGCGUGACAUGCUGCGUUUGUUGCUGAUUGAGCGUCCCAAAGUGCCGAAAGUCACUUGGCAACGCCCAGAUAUCAAACGACCCAGCGGGACAUGGAAGCGCGAAGGUGGGGCUGGUGCCAGCGCCGGUUUGAAGCGCCGCCGUGCGGGUGAGUGCUGGGCCUGGGUCGAUGGGCGUUGCAAGGAUCGGAACUGCUCUUACAAGCAUGCGUGUGCAAUCUGUGGUUCGCCAGAUCACCAUUCUGAGCAGUGCGAUGGCAAGUCCGACCCCAAGAGGAUUGGCUCCUUGAGUGCAACCCAGGAGACCUGGGCGGCCUUCACUCUGAUGCUGACUGGUGGGAACCCCGCUGUGCAGAUAUUUUGGGUGACCUUCGUCGGUGCGUUGCGUAGUCCGAGUGAUGAUUCGUGGUUGGAUGACAGUGAGAUUCAGGUCCUGCGUGAGGAUGUGCUAUCUUUCUUGAAAAACCAUGGUUAUCAUUCCUCUGCGUGUGUUACGCCUGGACAGCCCCUGACACUUGAUUUUUGGCGCGACUUGUUUGCCAUGACAGGCGACAUUGACACUAGCCUAAUUCCACUACUUCGCGAGGGCAUUCCCACAGGCAUCAAUGAGACGAUCCCAGCUUCGGGCGUGUGGCGUGAAGUGGAUGUCCCAUCCAGACCUAACCUGGAGCUGUUGGUUCACAACUCCCCAUGGGGAACAGCGUUGGAGGAUCCGGAAACGUUGAUGGAGCUUGUGCAGAGAGAUGUGGACAGUGGCUUUGCAGAGUGGGUGGAAGGUGGCCGCGAAGAGGUCAUCGUUCGCUUCGGACGCAAUUGCGCGGCAGGGCGCCUGGGCCUCGUGAAGAAAGAUGGAUGUGAACCACGUUUGGUUGGGGACAGCACCGUGUCGAAUGCUAAUCGCUUGUGUCGCAUCUCGGAAAGGAUUGAGCUGCCGGGCUUGGCGGACGUGAUCCAGUUCAUGUCCCGCCACCGGCAGCAGCGCUGGGUUGCAUUCUCCUUAGACGUCAAGAAAACGCACAAGCGCGUGAAGGUGGCGCCCUCCGAGCAGGGCUUCUCAGUGUUCACUGCAGUGGAUCCCCAGGGCCGCACACAUUGGUUGGUUUAUUUGACUUGUCAUUUCGGAGGUGCGUGGAGUGCGUACUGGUGGUCUCGCGUGGCGGCUGGGUUCGUUCGGCUUUGCCACAUUCUGUUGCACAACUCUCAUUUUCUGUCCAUGUAUGUUGACGACGAGCUCUCCUUGUUCCCAGCGGCGUCAGCCACGUUGAUGGCAUGCGUUGAGGUUAUGCUAGCCUGCAGCCUCGGCAUCCCGCUGUCAUGGAAGAAGAUGUCCCUGGGCACCAAGCUGAAGUGGAUUGGCUGGUCACUACAGUUCGAUGGUCAGCCGUGCGCUACACUUUCGGAAGACAAAGUCUUGCGGCUAGAGGCAGGGCUGAGAGCCGUCACGCAGAGGCGGUGGGUGCGGCGGCGUGAGCUCGAGUCACUGGUUGGUCUGUUGUCGUGGUAUACUUGUGGUGCCCGUUGGUUAAAGCCGUGGAUGGCGAUGUGGUUCCAUAUGCUGUUGAAACCAGCCAUGCACUUCUACAACCUUGACGGAGAGCAGUUAUGGGAACUCCAGCGUCUGCUCGACGCGGAUCUGCGGGUGACGCGCUGUGCCACUCUUUCCGAUGUACAAACUGGGUGGCGCUUAGCGGAAUGCGGCGGCAAGGUGGUCCAGGAGUCGUCCGACCUGAGCAGAUGUCGGACCAAACAUGGCCGCGCGUGGGUUAAGCUGUUGGACAGCGCGUCCGCCCAAGUGCGGCCAUCUAAGGAUGAGGCUUGUGUAGCUGCUUUCUUCCUGCAGCUGAUUUUGGGGCGAGCGUCAGUGCAUUUAGUCGAGACCCCAGCGACACAGUGUGUGGCGGCGGCAGAUGCCUUUGCCAACUCGACCGGUGCAGGCAUCGGUGGGUGGUGGAUGCCGAACGACGCGCAGCUGGCAGCGUCUUCCAUUUGCUGGUUCUCCAUAUCUUUGGAUAAGUCAUCCCUGCCCGAGUGGUUCGUGCCGAAGGGUGCAGGGUUGUAG